AUGGCAGUGAGUAUAUUGAGAAAGCAGAAGACUAUUCUCCACAGAUUGAAGAUGUCCCAUCUUCAUUGUCUCCAUCCCACGGAGAAUAUAUUUGUAACGCCAUGGUACAUUAAACCUGAACCCGUCCCGAGCCCACCCGGCACUGAUCCAUACAACUGGCCAAUAUGGAAGCCAUCCUACUGGAAAUUAAUCAAUCUCAUUCCUGUUCUACCUCAUCUCUCUACAAAUUGCUGUCCUUGGAGGUUCUCCCCUUUCUGGAAACCGUUGUCCCAACCGUACGGUCGUAGGCCAAUAUUUCUGUUAUCCACUAUCCUCAGCCUGGUUUUCAAUGUCGGGUGUGCGAAGAGUCCGACGUAUGCAUCGAUGGCCGCAUGUAGAGCUUUAACGGCCUUUUCCAUAUCUUCCACGGCAGCGAUUAGGAGUGCGCUUGUGGCAGUGAUCUUCUUCAAGGGAGAAAGGGGUCGGUAUAUGGGUAUCUGGAUCUUGAUGGUUACAUUGGGGGUACCAGUUGGUCCACUAUCUUUUGGCUUUGCUGUGAACCACACGGGUUAUCGCUGGGUCUUUUGGGUUCUCGCCAUCACUAAUGGCGUGCAAUUUAUCCUAUAUAUCAUUUUUGGGCCUGAAGCCCGUUAUGUCGGGGGUAGUACAGUGGAUUCCUCUGCUGACUUCAAAAACCAGUAUCUCUCAUUCCGACGCAUUGACCCAACUCCGCUGACAUUCAGCGAAUUUAUUCACCCCUUGACCAUGGCCAAAUACCCGAGCGUGACGAUACCUGCAGUCGUGUAUGCUAUGGUAUUCUUGUUCGGAAGUGUUUUGAUCACCGUGGAGGUUCCUCAGCUCUUACAGGGCAAGUUCGGUCUCAAUGCUGAACAUCUUGGUCUCCAGUUUCUGGGAGUCAUGGUUGGCACCGUUCUAGGCGAGCAAAUAGGUAGCCCCGUGUCCGAUUACCGGAUAAAUCGCCGAGCACUGCACGUUACGAAGGCGCCAGAACCAGGAUUUCGUCUCUGGCUCAGUUACCCUGGCAUUAUCCUAACUAUCGCUGACGUUAUUGUCUUUCUAGUUUGCACCCAAAAGGCACCAGAUGGGCAUUGGGUUGUGUCACCAAUAGUCGACACUGCCGUGGCUGCCUUUGGCAAUCAACUGGUAACCACUGUCAUGGUAACAUACGCAAUUGACGGCCACCCCGACGAUGCUGGGAGCGUAGGGGUCUUUAUAACGUCUGUCCGACAGGCUUGGGGCUCCAUCGGCCCUUUCUGGGGAAACGUUGGUAUUGCCGCCAGCUCAGGUCUUUCGAGCGCUUUGAUUUUGGCAUGUAGCUUGCUGCCCACCAUUACAGUUCAUUUGGUGGGGAGAAAAUGGAGAUGGAGUGUAUCUCUAGUCGCCAGUAUGACGUGUUUGUACUUGCUUGUUUCAAUUCUUAAUGCCUUUUAA